AUGCUCAUCUUGUCAGCCUCUGUGGCCAGAGGGACGUUUGUCCUUUGUGAGUACGAUGCUUCACCAGGCUCCGAUGACCUGACAGAAGUCUCUCGCAAGGUGCUGCCGAAAAUCCCGCGAACUGGAGCCGUCAAGUCCUACGUCUAUGGAAACCACACUUUCAACUACUUGCUGGAAAAGGAGCUUAUCUUCUUGUGCAUCGCCUCGCCGACUGCGGGCACGGAAAUGGUCUUCGAGUUUCUAAACGACUUCCGCCGAAGCUUCGAGGCGCACACUCGGCGGUUAGGACAUCGCGAGGAUGAGCUAGCCAGGAUGCUUCGAGACCUCAUCUCGCGCUACAACAACGAUGGAGGCGGCAAGAUGCAGCAGAUGGAGAGGGACCUUGAGGAUGUUGCGGACAUCAUGCGGGACAACCUUGGGAAAGUCAUCGACCGCGGCGAGCGCAUUGAUUCCUUGCUGGACAAGACAGCUGCUCUGAAGUCAGAGUCUGUCUCCUUCCGGACCAACGCCAAGCGCUACAAUGAUGACCUCUGGUGGCGGGACCAGAGAGGCAGAAUGCUCCUCGGCAUCGUUGCUAUGGCCGUCAUCGUCGUCAUCACAUGGCUCAGCGUGUGCUGCUGGCCUGCGCCUGUGUCUGAUAGGCAGAAUAGUGCUGAAGGAUUCGAGCCGGAGUCCGCAGAGACAAAAGAGACAAAGGACAAAGAGAUGACUGAGAUGAUGGACGAGAAAGAGGCGGAGACUCCGGGCUCCGCUGAAGUGUGUCGCGUGUGGCGUUCGACGAAAGCUCUGACGUCGCAGGCUCCUCAGAUCCCUGUCGAGGAAGUCGAGGACUCGUCGCCUGCCGGUGGAGAACAGCAGCCGGAGCCAGGCCUUUGUGGCGAGUCAGAAAGCUGUGAGGUCACUGAGAUUCCUGAGGAUGUACAGGAGCACGGGACGGCUCCGAAGGACACUGCCUCAGUCACUGCCUCCUCGGAGACAGAGCCGGCAGAGACAGGUACCGGCACAGAGUCCGAUACAGCUCUGCCCGAAGCCGUGGAAGAGACCUACUCUGCAAGUGAAGGCAGUGAGAGGAGUGCCGAUACGCUGGCUCCCACGCCUCCCACGCCUCCCACGGCUCCCGUGGAUAUGGGACGUAGCCUCCUGGAGCUCCUGAGGACCGGUGCGGCCAAAACCAAUGACACCACUUCAGCUGCGGAAACAGCGCUCGUCGGCGGAGCCUGUCGUGACAAGACAUCUCAGGAGGAAGAAGAGUUCAACUCCCCGUUGCCAUUGGUGAACAUGGCCGGAUUAAGCUCGUUAAGCUCCACGCUUUGGGAGAGCCUGGUGUGGCCCUUGCUGGACUCAAGGCACCCGAAAGCCUUUGUUGGACCAGAGGCCUUCAAAGGCUGCUCACAUAUGCCCACUGGACUGCGACCUCAGGUCUUGGUAGAUGUGCGCAAGGAACAUCAUAUCAUGGCGAUGUUCAAGCCAUCUGGCUGGGCUACCUGCUCAACUCCGCAAUGGGAAGGUCUCGAAGGCAACCUCAUUCGACACGUGUGGUGCUACUUCAAUGCCCCAACGGCAGCUCCGUGCCAUCGCCUUGACAAAGGCACCUCCGGAAUCGUGUUAGUGGCCACCAACAAGACAGCUUCCAAGCACAUCUGUCAGCAGAUUCUCAACAAGGGCAUCGUGAAGCAGUAUGUGGGCCUGUGCCACGGCAUCGUCCAGCCGGGAAUGGGAGUCUUCUCCGCGCCAUUGGCGCUCAGCCGGGCAGAUAGGCCUCUUGGCGCAUGCUCCACCGAGGGCCGUGAAGCGGUGACACGCUUCCGUGUUCUUGGCUACUUCCACGGCGCUUGGGGCAGCUUCAGCUUGCUCCAGGUGCAGAUCGAGCACGGGCGACAACACCAGAUCCGCCUCUUGGCUGGUCGUGUGGGUCCUGCCUAG